AUGGUGGGCCCUAAUGGCAAUGAAUCCAGUGCCACAUAUUUCGUUCUAAUAGGCCUUCCUGGCUUGGAAGAAGCUCAGUUUUGGUUGGCUUUCCCUUUAUGCUCCCUUUACCUUAUUGCUGUGCUAGGUAACUUGACAAUCAUCUACAUUGUGUGGACUGAGCACAGCUUACAUGAACCCAUGUAUAUUUUUCUUUGCAUGCUUUCUGGCCUUGACAUCCUGAUCUCUACUUCAUCCAUGCCCAAAAUGAUGGCCAUAUUCUGGUUCAAUUCUACUACCAUCCAGUUUGAUGCUUGUCUGCUACAGAUGUUUGCCAUCCAUUCCUUAUCUGGCAUGGAGUCCACGGUAUUGCUGGCAAUGGCCUUUGACCGCUAUGUGGCAAUCUGCCACCCACUACGCCAUGCCACUGUGUUAACAUUGCCUCGUGUUACCAAGAUUGGAAUGGCUGCUGUAGUACGAGGUGCUGCACUUAUGGCACCUCUGCCUGUCUUCAUCAAACAGCUACCUUUCUGCCGCUCCAAUAUCCUUUCCCACUCCUACUGCCUACAUCAAGAUGUCAUGAAGCUGGCCUGUGCUGACAUCCAUGUCAACGUCAUCUAUGGCCUCAUCGUUAUCAUCUCUGCCAUUGGCCUGGACUCAGUUCUCAUCUCCUUAUCAUAUCUGCUUAUCCUCAAGACUGUGUUGGGCUUGACACGUGAAGCCCAGACGAAGGCAUUUGGCACUUGUGUCUCUCAUGUGUGUGCUGUUUUCAUAUUCUAUGUACCGUUCAUUGGAUUAUCUAUGGUGCACCGCUUUGGCAAGCGGCAGGACUCCCUCCUGCCCGUCAUCAUGGCCAACACCUACCUCCUUGUCCCUCCUGUGCUCAACCCUAUUGUCUAUGGAGUGAAGACAAAGGAGAUCCGGCAGCGCAUCCUUCGUCUUUUCCAUGUGACAACCCUGACUUCAGAUCCCUAG